AUGGGGGUAAUCAGAUCCCACGUCGUGAGGUUUUCCCCCACCAAAGAUUUGACAAGUUCUCUAAGCUCCUAAUAUGAAGUCAAUGUUGACAUCAUCCCAAGGGCGUGUCGGUACAGGAAGUGGCGUAUAAAGUCCAGUGUUCUUCUUGACCUGCUUCACGAAGGCACACACAUGGCACUGAGCAACGAUGUUCCCUACAUUGUGCCUCAAACUCGGGCAAUAGAAUUGGUAUCCUACCAUAGUGAUUGUCUUGUCGCGGUCGAAGUGGUCGACAAGACCUCCAGCAUGACACUCCCAAGUCAGGAAGUCUCGGAGAGAAGUGCGGGGUACGCACGGUCUAUUCUUAAAGAAUAGAUAUUCGUCCGUCAUAAGAUAGUCUCGAUGCUCGCAUGUUGUCCCAAGCUCAAAGACAUGGAUGAUGGGGCCAAAGUCGGGGAAAUCUACAUAUGAGUCCUUUAAAGACUUGAAUCUAGUAAUCUACACCUUCACCAAAUUGAGAAGGUGGGUUUGGUGACUCAAGACAUCGUCAACCAUGUUGUCCUUUCCCUUCUUGUGCCAAAUGACGAAUGUAUAAUCUUCAAGGUCAUCGACUUAGUAGGCGUGACGAUCGCGCAAUUUCUACUGUGAGUGCAAAUACUUCAAGGCCUCAUGGUCAGAAUAAAGCACGAACUCCUUCAAUAGGAGGUAAUGUCACCAGUGCUUUAGUGCCUUGAUGAUAGCAUAGAACUCCUUAUCCUAAGUCGAAUAUUAGAGUUCGACGUCAUUUAGCUUCUCGCUGAAAAACUCUAUGAGGUGGCCAUCUUGGCUAAGGACACCCCUGAUCUUGAUGCCAGAUGUAUCAUAGGUGACUUCAAACACCUUGUUGAAGUCAAGUAGAUGAAGACGGGUGUGUGGGUUAUCAAGGCCUUUACUAUCUCAAAGGCCUGAUCUACUACCUCUGUCUAUUGAAAUGGAUCCAUCUUGAGGCAAUUGGUGAUGGGUGAUGUGACAAAACUGAAGUUUUAUAUGAAGCAGUGAUAGAAUGUUGCCAAGCCAAUGAAGCUCCAAGUAUCAUGCACGUUGGCUGGUCAAGGGCAAAAGAUGAUGGCGUAGACCUUUUUUGA